UGGGGCGGCAGCGGGGGUUCGGCGCCGGCCGGUUCGCUGGGCCCGCCCCGUUACCCCCGGCCCCCGCCCGCCGCGCGCCCGCCAUGAGCCCGCGCCCGCCGGCCUGAGGCGCCGCCGGUGCCGGAGCGCUCCGCCAAGAUGGCGUGUGUGCUGGAGGCGCCGCUCCGCAUGAGCGUCCUCUCGGAGGUCACAGCCAGCAGCCGCCACUAUGUCGAUAGAUUGUUUGAUCUCGACCCCCAAAAAGUCCUGCAAGGUGUCAUAGAUAUGAAAAAUGCUGUAAUUGGAAACAACAAACAAAAAGCCAACUUGAUUGUUUUGGGAGCAGUUCCAAGGUUGCUGUAUUUACUCCAGCAAGAGACCUCAAGCACAGAGCUGAGAACAGAAUGUGCAGUGGUCCUGGGCAGCCUUGCCAUGGGGACAGAGAACAAUGUCAAAUCCCUCCUAGACUGCCAUAUUAUCCCAGCCUUAUUGCAAGGAUUGCUCUCACCAGAUUUGAAGUUUAUUGAAGCUUGCCUGCGAUGUCUGCGCACCAUUUUCAUCAGCCCUGUAACUCCAGAGGAUCUGCUGUACACAGAUGGUACAGUUAUCUCCCACCUCAUGGCACUGCUCAGUAGGUCUCCAUACACACAAGAAUACAUAUGUCAGAUCUUCUCCCACUGCUGCAAAGGUCCAGAUCACCAGACAAUCUUAUUUAACCAUGGAGCUGUUCAGAACAUUGCACAUCUGCUGGUCUCCACCUCUUACAAAGUCCGAAUGCAGGCAUUGAAAUGCUUCUCAGUUCUUGCCUUUGAGAACCCCCAGGUAUCCAUGACUCUGGUCAAUGUGUCUGUUGAUGGAGAAUUGUUACCACAGAUUUUUGUGAAGAUGUUACAAAGGGACAAGCCCAUUGAAAUGCAGCUCACGUCAGCCAAAUGCCUUACUUCCAUGUGCAGAGCCGGAGCAAUACGGACGGACGAUCCCUGCAUCGUUCUGAAGACUCUGCCAUGCUUGGUUCGAAUGUGCAGUAAGGACAGACUGCUGGAGGAGAGGGUGGAGGGGGCAGAGACUCUGGCCUACCUGAUAGAGACAGACGUGGAGCUGCAGAGGAUGGCCAGCAUCACCGACCACCUCAUCGUCAUGCUGGCCGACUACUUCAAGUACCCCAGCUCCGUCAGCGCCAUCACCGACAUCAAGAGGCUGGACCAUGACCUGAAGCACGCCCACGAGCUGCGCCAGGCCGCCUUCAAGCUCUACGCCUCGCUGGGGGCCAACGACGAGGACAUCCGCAAAAAGAUCAUUGAGACUGAGAACAUGAUGGACCGCAUUGUUAACGGCCUGUCCGAGUCCAGCAUCAAGGUGCGCUUGGCUGCAGUCAGGUGUUUGCACAGUUUGUCCCGUUCUGUCCAGCAGCUCAGGACAAGUUUUCAGGAUCAUGCUGUAUGGAAGCCUUUAAUGAAGGUUUUACAGAAUGCUCCAAAUGAAAUUCUUGUAGUAGCAUCUUCCACGCUAUGCAAUCUUCUUCUGGAAUUCUCUCCAAGCAAGGAGCCUAUUUUAGAAUCAGGAGCCAUAGAACUUCUAUGUAGUUUAACCCAGAGUGAAAAUCUUGCCUUGCGAGUGAACGGCAUUUGGGCUUUAAUGAACAUGGCGUUUCAAGCAGAACAGAAGAUCAAGUCAGACAUCCUGCGGGGUCUGAGCACAGAGCAGUUGUUUCAGUUGCUUUCUGAUUCCGAUGUAAAUGUUCUGAUGAAAACCUUGGGACUGCUCAGGAAUCUUCUCUCCACUCGCCCACACAUAGACCACAUAAUGAGCACUCAUGGGAAGCAAAUCAUGCAAGCAGUGACCCUCAUUCUGGAAGGGGAGCACAAUAUAGAAGUCAAAGAGCAGACAUUGUGUAUCCUUGCCAAUAUAGCAGAUGGCACAACAGCAAAAGAACUGAUUAUGACCAACGAUGACAUCCUGCAGAAAAUCAAAUACUACAUGAGUCAUUCAAAUGCUAAACUACAGCUUGCUGCCAUGUUCUGUAUAUCUAAUCUCAUAUGGAAUGAAGAGGAAGGUUCACAGGAGCGCCAGGACAAACUCCGAGACAUGGGAGUGGUGGAUAUUCUACACAAACUGAGUCAGUCCUCAGAUCCCAAUCUGUGUGACAAGGCGAAGACAGCACUCCAGCAGUACCUUGCAUGAUCAAAGACUAAUUGAAACUAUGGACACCCCUCAUGUCUACUUAAGGAAUAGCAGGAGAUACUCCUGACUCCUUAUAUUUGCACAAGUCACCUUGGGCUGCAUUUUUCUCAGGUGCAGGGAGCUGCUUUGCAGAAACAGUUCGAAUGAUCAGGUCUCCGGUGCACUUGAGAAUUUUCUUGAGGUAGUUUCUUUACUCAGAGGACUCGGGGUGGGGGGGUUGUUUUGGUUUUUUGGGGUUUUUUUUCCUGAGCUACCUGGACUCUCAGAUAGAACAAUCAGUCAUCGUUUUCCUUUUGGGCCUCCAAUUCUCUGCUUUUGCUGCAGCCUUGUGUGGGUGCGUGGGUGCUCGAGUGCGUGUGUGUGCUGGGCUGAGUGUGUGGGUGUGAGACCUCACUUUUGGUUUUCCUUUUUUUUUUGUGUGAAAAUCUUUUUCUACAGGUUUUCAAGGGUUAACCAUUGUUUGCUGUACGAAUACUUCAAUGAAUUAUAUACCGUUUGAAUGAAAUGUUAUUUAAAAAAAAAAAACCAAACUGUUGUAUCCCAUAAAGUUUAUUUUGAAUUUUGAAGAGAUGAAUGUUUUUAAGUAAAAUAUAUGCAUUUCUGAACUUCAGCUUAACUUACAUUAUACUUUGUUUUUAAAGAGAAAAAUAGAGGGAGACAAUAGACUCCAAAUUCCAAGCAGCACAUUCUGUACUGACAAAGUCCAAGAGUUCUUUGCCACAAUACAAGGUCACCUGGUGUCCAUGACAUGCUCAAAUCCAUGGAAUGGGCCAGCUGGACUGGGUUUGGGUUUCUUUGCAAUUUUAGAAAACAAGCUCAUACUUCAGGGUUAGCAUGACUGAUGCUUUUCAGAAAGGAGCAGGUGGCUGCAAGAUCAGCAGGAAUAAGCUCUUGCUUUGCCAGCCAGGAACUUGCUCAGCUAAUUGCUGAAGGAUUGGCUUAUUCAUGGUCAGAAGGAUUUGCUGAUCACUGAUAUCAGUGGAGCAAACAGUGUGUUGCAGAAGUUACACCUUCCAGAGACUGGAAAGAGCUGGCAAGCAGGAUUAAGGGAUUGCUUUUGUUUUGCAUCCUUUAUCUUCACAAAUAGUUAAGUGACUUCCAAAUUGUUUCCACAAAUGAUCAACUGGGUGCAUUAAGUUGGGGAAGGGAUGGAAAAACUGAGGGUUCUGUUUUGUUUUAUACUCAGUAAUGUUGCUCCAGAUUUUCUGUAUAUAUGCAGCUAUACACACAUGCAUGGAUUUAGAUUGCUGGAUAAUUGGUGGGGUGUGACUGCAUCCAGAAGCCUGGACUGUCCAGAUGUUCCUGAAAUGGUGCUUGCAAGUGAGCAGGGGGAAACACGAGUGCAAGUGAAGGGGGCUGUGUGAGGUCAGGCUGGAAUGGCAGAGCCCUCAAGCAGUUCAGGGCUCUGACUCUGCCCAGGUCUCCUUUCUGCUUUCAGUUUAGACCAUAGUUCAUAGUCAGACUCUCCAGACACUGUAUUUACAUAGCACUAACAGACACUGGAGUUUGCAGCCAAUGUCUUAAACCAAAUCCUUCUUCUCUUACAUUGAGCUUCAGGAAGGCUGCAGCAAGAAGAGAAGUCUGUAACUUUGCUAACCAAUUUUGAUAAUUAUCUAAAGCUUUUAUUUCUAAUCAGAAGGUCAAAUUGUGAUGACAGCCUUACUUUUUUUCCAAGGUAACUCUUUGUGUCAGAAAAUGCGACCACAGUUUGGCCUGGAACUUGAAUGUGCUGUAUAUCAGAUAACUGUUAUCACUUGGUUGCAAAGGAGAAUAUCUGCAUUUCAUGUAACUUCUUCCACUUCAAAGACAAAUAAAAGUGAGCACCUGACACUUUCCCCCCAGGCAUUGCAGUAAGUGACUGGCAGUUUUUAAUGUCCUUCUGCACAUGUUUCAUGAUAGACUUUGGGGGUUGAACAAAAGGAAAAGUAAAAAUAUGUGAGAAGUUGUUGAAUCUCAGUACCUCAGAAGCAAAGUCUUGUUUAUAAAAUUUAAUCAAAUAUAUUUUUGCCUGAACUGAGAAAAAAGUUGAGGCAGUUAUUGUAAAUGCAAAACUGUCCAGUGGGCAUCUCCCUGCUCCAUUUGCACUCCUGUCUGUGUUUAGGAGCUUGAGUUCUUACGUAUCUCUUCUCAUCCUUCCCCAACUCACAUUGCUGAAAGCAAAUGUGAGUUUGCUUCUAUAGAACUUUGGUGCCUACAGGUGUUCAGAAAAAAGGUGAGUAAAAGUAUCUCUGUACAAUUUUUGAGAUGGUUUCCUAAAAUUCUGCCAGAAAAAACUGAAAACCAAUGCUCAGACAAUCUUGUUGCUGCAUGAGAACAGCUGACGUUUUCCACAGGUAUAAAGAGGACAAACUGUUGAAUGAGAACAUUUUUACAUUCAGUUAAACUUUGUGAAUAAUUUUUGAUGUUGCUAUAGGUAUGUACAAAAAGAAGAAUACUGUAAAUAAAAAGAACUUUACCAGAACA